AUGGAGGAAGAAAUACAAAACGGAAACUCGGCGACGCUGGUGGAGAACGACGAAGAGGCCGUAAUUGGACCUGGUCCAGCACCAAAGGCCCGAGCCAAGCGUCCUCUCCAGUUUGAGCAAGCUUACCUGGAUUCCCUCCCUUCUGCAAACAUGUAUGAGAAAAGCUAUAUGCAUCGAGAUAUGGUUACGCAUGUUGCAGUUUCCGCAGCUGAUUUUUUCAUAACUGGAAGUUUUGAUGGGCAUUUGAAAUUUUGGAAGAAAAAACCUGUUGGCAUUGAAUUCGCAAAGCAUUUUAGAUCCCACCUUGGUCCCAUAGAAGGCCUAGCGGUUAGCGUAGAUGGCUUACUUUGUUGCACGAUUUCAAAUGAUCGAUCUGUGAAAGUAUAUGAUGUUGUCAAUUAUGACAUGAUGGUCAUGAUUCGCCUUCCAUACAUUCCUGGUAGUGCUGAAUGGGUCUACAAACAAGGGGAUGUCAAAGCUAGGCUUGCCAUUAGUGAUCGGAAUUCCUCAUUUGUGCACAUAUAUGAUGCACGAUCUGGUUCAAAUGAACCAAUCUUCUCAAGAGAGGUACAUGUGGAACCAGUUAAAGUUAUGAAAUACAACCCUGUAUUUGACACAGUAAUAUCUGCUGAUGCAAAGGGAAUUAUUGAAUACUGGAGUCCCACCACGCUUCAGUUCCCAGAGAGCGAGGUGAAGUUUAGAUUGAAAAGUGAUACUAAUCUAUUUGAAAUUGUGAAGUGCAAAACUAGUGUUUCCACUAUUGAGGUGAGCCCAGAUGGUAAGCAGUUUUCCAUUACAUCACCUGAUCGAAGGAUACGCGUAUUUUGGUUUAGAACGGGUAAACUAAGGCGAGUUUAUGAUGAAUCUCUUGAGGUGGCUCAAGAUCUCCAGAGAAGUGAUGCUCCCUUGUACCAAUUGGAAGCUAUUGAUUUUGGGCGAAGAAUGGCUGUUGAUAAAGAAAUUGAAAAGACAGAAACUGCACCACAACCGAACGCUGUUUUUGACGAAAGCUCAAACUUCCUUAUAUAUGCGACCCUCCUUGGAAUAAAAGUAGUAAAUUUGCAGACCAAUAAAGUUGCCCGGAUUCUUGGAAAGGUGGAGAACAAUGACAGAUUCUUACAAAUUGCGUUGUAUCAAGGGGAUCAAAGCAGUAAAAAAGUUCGAAAAAUUCCUUCAGCUGCCAUAAAUGUCAAUGAGAGCAAAGAGCCUUUAACAGAUCCCACUCUCUUAUGUUGUGCUUUCAAGAAACACAGAAUUUAUCUAUUCAGCCGGAGAGAACCAGAGGAGCCUGAGGAUGCAACUAAGGGUAGGGAUGUGUUCAAUGAAAAGCCUCCACCAGACGAACUUUUGGCUGUAUCAGAUAUAGGAAAAUCAGUGACUACAUCUCUUCCUGACAACGUGAUUUUGCAUACUACAAUGGGAGACAUUCACAUGAAGCUGUACCCUGAAGAAUGUCCAAAAACUGUUGAGAAUUUUACAACACACUGCCGAAAUGGCUACUAUGAUAAUCUUAUCUUUCAUCGGGUCAUCAAAGGUUUCAUGAUACAAACAGGAGACCCAUUGGGAGAUGGCACUGGGGGGCAGUCUAUUUGGGGAAGGGAAUUUGAGGAUGAACUUCACAAAAGUUUACGACAUGACAGGCCUUUCACAGUGUCAAUGGCAAAUGCAGGCCCAAAUACAAAUGGUUCCCAGUUCUUUAUCACCACAGUGGCCACUCCAUGGCUGGACAAUAAGCAUACGGUGUUUGGUAGAGUUGUAAAGGGAAUGGAUGUUGUACAGGCUAUUGAGAAGGUGAAGACAGACAGAGGAGACAAGCCAUACCAAGAUGUAAAAAUCCUAAAUGUAACUGUCCCCAAGUCUUAG